CCCCGCCUUAUUUGGGCUGGGUUACGUUGAGCUUCCAGGACUCCCGGAGGACUCUCGUUGAUAAACAACUUCGACAUCAAAACAGCAACAUAGCGGGACGACGGCCACACCCGGAGACCAACACACGUCUGUUUCUUGACCAGAUUGCAAUAGAGGCACCAAGAUGAUCGGCAAGAUUCUCUCUCAUCUGCUCGGGAACGCCGGCGAGGAGUUUGAGGUGGCGGAUGGCGCCUACCAAGAGCUGAUGGAGUUUGAGGAGGGAGGAUGGGUAAUUGUUGACGUCCUAGAGAGCGGGCCGCUGACGGCCUCCGAGGUGGACCCCCUGGAGAACCUGCUGAUCGAGCACCCCAGCAUGUCCGUCUACCAGAUGAGAUGCGGUGCGGGGGGAGCGGAGGAGGAGCUUGGCUCCGAGGAAGACGAAGAGGAAGACACCUCCAGGCCGGUGGCAGUGAGACGGCACGUGUCCUGGCGUCUGGCCGCCUGGGGAAUCCCGCUGCUCUGCAACGUCCAGCUGCUGGCGGUGCAGAGGGCCGGGACCCAGGCCGAGCGGAAGAAGCUGAGCCGCAGCGCUCUCCACAGGCAGAACCUGGCUAAGGCGCAUUUCUCCCCAGCAGAGAGACGCUACGGCCGCUUCAAGCAGCCCUGCCAACGCCUCUGCAACUACUGAGCUCGUAAGAGAGGAGAGCAGAGCGGUUGGAGUUGCAGCGCGGUGCCUUGACUCUGAAUCACUCGGGGGGGUUUUCUCACCAUUGUUCCACCUCACACAGUUAAUUAUGCGCAUCCACCAAGGCAAACCAUCAAAAGACUGAACCCAUUCAGAUUCAGAUUGCUUAGAUAUUAGUAGGAGUGUGGGGCUAAUGUGUGAAAGUUAUCGUGUGACACUGAUCCAAACAUUAUGAAAACUUCAAACCAAUACUUUGCUUCAAAUGGAUUUAUUAAUUGUGACGCAGUUGGAUUACAGCAUGUUUUCAACUGGUUGGUCACAUUCGGUAUGUUUUAUCUAAUGUGCCCUAGCUUUAAACAUUCUUGUGAAUGUGAGUGUCUUCAAAUUUAGUUUCAUAGCACAAUGUAACCUAUUCAUGUGGUGUGGGUAAAAAAACAAACACCUGUGAAUUCCCUAAAAUGGACGCUCAUUUUGUUUGACUGCUUGAGGAAUCAUUACAAAAAACAGUCCACCGUUUUGUUCUUUUGAGCGGGUGGGUACUGAUUUCAUUAAUUUUACACAUGUUGCUUAUUGAGUGUAAAUACAGUUGAAUAUUAUGUUUUUUUUUCUAUUUGUGUGUAUUUGUAAAAUGUAAAAAAAGAAAGAAUUUAAAUCUUGUUUUCUUAAGGUGGCGGUAGGUGUUUAAUGUGGCACUACACGCAGUUGUAGUACAAGUACAAGUGAACGUGUUUGAGGCUCUGGGGUUCUCAUUUCCGUAGGUCACGUAUCUUUUCCAUGAACCUCUUCACCGGCUCUGGGUCGACUGCGUUGGCCCAGUGGCCGCCCUCCUUGAAAUGAGACCCGAUGAUCAGUCCAUUUGCAUCGAGGUAGUGCUCGACGUUGUCGUAGGUUACCCCGGAGCCUAUCAGCACAGGGAUUCUCACGGACUGGGAAACCUCUGAGAAAAGACAAGAACAGAUGAGCAGUGGCAGCUUCAGCUUUAGAAAUAAAAAAAUACACACAGUUUAAGCUUCCACAAAUCCAUAACAAUUAAAAAGGGAAACCAAAAUACCUAAUGGUAAUAAUACAAAGGCAGACAUAUACUUUGUAUCCUAGCCUUCUCUUCACCAGCAUGGGUGCAUUUUCAACAUAGUUAAAGUAAAUCUACACAAAACACAGCGUUACAACCAAGAACUAGUUUGCUAAACUGCAUCUGAGAUUUACAGUUAUGUCGUUUUUAAAACUGCUCAGGAUCUCCCUCAACUGCUCUGGGGGUUGGAAUUGAGAAGUCCACAACAGAGAAGUAUUCAGGUAUUAUUAUCGAUCAGGAACUUGUCAUCUAAUCCGGGCUGAAAAUUUAACUUUAGUUAAGUUUAGUUUUUUUAGAAAUAAAUCCUAUUUCUGCCUUCUUUUUUUUUCUUUUCUCGCCGACUGCCAUUUUCUCAGUCUUCGAUGAUGUGGAGGAGUGAGCAAAAGGGGCAUUUAGUGUGUCGCAAUCUGCAACCACACCGCUAGAUGUCCCUUUAAGUCCAUUUUAAACGAUCGGGAAAAAUAGCAAUCUUGGUCAGUGGGAUUUGCUCUCAUUUUCCCCUAAAACCAAUACAGAAGAUUGUAUCAGUUUAUGCAUUUAAUUUGUUUUGUUUUUUCUAGCACACUAACUAGAUAUUGUGCUCACUCAUCUUUAGUAGUGUGGGACAGUUGUUUGUCUGUUUGUAUUGUUGGUAUUUAUUUUAAGAAAGUGUAUGCUGCCCUUGAAAGAGAGGGCCCCAAAAAAAACGGCCAAAGUGCCAAAGCAUCCAUGCAGCUCCUGCUCACAGGGGGUUCGAAGGUGUUUGUACCUCUGAGCUGCCGCGGGUCAGCUUGCACUCCCGUGGCCGUUCCUGUGACGAUGAGUCCAUCUGAGAGGAAGAACUCUGCGGCGCGUGCCGUCUCCUCGAUGCUCACGUCCGACGUCAGGGCGUGGGAGCUGGGGAAACACGGUAGACAUGAGUAGAACUGUUUUGGGACAAAGCUGAGACCGAGUCUGGACACCAGGUUGACAUCAGUCUGUCUCUCUCUCUGUCCUACACUGUCUUAUAUGACUUUAAUUUUUUUUAUGAUGUAUAAAUAAGGAAAGCUGCAGCUGUACGUCACAUGAAACUGGGGACGUCAUGGUUCACCAUUGGGCUUUCAGGCCGUCGAUGGAACACUUGAUUUAAAAGCAUAUUUAAAAAUGAAAAUAAAUGAUGGAUAUGUCUUAUCCUUAA